CAGGUGAGGUGGCGCCAGACGGCGCUGAGCCCACUGUACGCCCUGAGCGCCCCCUGGCAGGAGUCGGGCGAGGCGAGUCACGACGCCUACUCGUAUGAGCAAGGAGGGCUGCUUUUCCUGGUCCUGGACAACUCGCGCCAGGAGAUCUCGCGGGAACAGCUCAGAUUCUUCCGCGGCCAGAUCCUCCGCUGGAUUCCGACGGUGCUGGUGCUGCACGUGCCGCUGUCGGUCUCGGAGAGCCUCCGGCCGUUCCACGGCUACGCGCUCUGCGGGGACCCCGCCUGGGGCAGGGCGACUGACCGCUCGUGGGAGGUGGAGCGGAGGGAGCCCUUCCCGGAGCGCAGCUCCGCGUCCACCGUGCGCUUCCUGGAGGCCGUGCUGGCCGCAUCGGCGCCGCGCGGUCCGCUGGUGGCGGUGCUCGCCGGACACGUGCACGCGCACGACGCCACGCCGUUCCCGGAAGGCGGGUCCUCUCCUCCCGCGCCGGGCUCCGGCGGCUGCGGCGGACGGCACGACUGCGCCUGGGGCGGUGUGCAGUACGUGGGGCUGGCGGGCUUUCAAGGAGGAUACCGUCUUAUGUCGGUGGAGACAGCGACAGAGGAGGACGUCCCCGAGCACAGGGUCGAGGCCGAGCUGCGCGCGCGGCUCGCCGCGGCGGAGCUGCUCGCGGGCCUGGCCGUCGCGCUGCUGGGCGCCCCGGGCGCCGCAGGAGCCGCCAGCACGCCAGCCGCCGCUUCCCUGCGCUGCUGGGGCGGCGCCCCCGGCGCGGCGGCGGCCGCCUCUCUGCUGGAUGUCGCGCUGGUGGUGUCGGCGCUCGGCCGGAUGCUGCUGCGCACGGAGGCAGCGGUCCGCCACGGCUUUCACGCGCUCGCCGAGGCGUUGCGACCGCUGCUGCGGGGCGUGCGCGGCCGAGGGCGCGGCCCGGUGUCGCGGGCGGGCGCAGAGUGCCUCGAGGGCGGCGUGCUGGAGUCCGUCGGCGCCGCGCUGGAGGAGUGGGCGGACCCGCGCGGGCUGCGCUACCAGCCCGGCAGCCUCCUGGAGCUGAGGCUCGGCUGCUCGAUCCUCUGGCCGCUGAACGACGCCAUCGGCGCUUGGAAGCACCGGGGCGACUUCGGGGGCCUGGGCGAGGGACUCGGGCAGGUGCUGCUUGCGACGGCAUGUGAGCCAGCCCAGGCCGACGCGGGCGCGUGACAGACCCGGGCCCGAGCCGACGCGGGCACGGUGGCCCCA